AGUUCCAGCUGGAUGAGCAAGCUUCCCCUUUCUUCUCACAUCCCGGCCUCCCACUGCAGCAAUGGCGCCUAUCUCAGUCUCUCCCCAUUAACGCUGUGUUUCGUUGGGGUUGGAAAAACCUUUUUUGUUUGUUUUUGUUCCCGUUCAUGCUCUUCAGCUGCUCGUCAUCUAGUGUUCGUCGUUGGUCGCCGCCCGCUGGUGGUUGGUCGCAAUUGCUCCUCCAGUUGUCGCCACCGCCACCUGGUCCAUCGUUCACUCUCGUCGCACUAAGGGGUGCACUGUGGUCGGGUGGCCGCAACCUUCAUCUGUUCACCUUUUUCUCGCAGCUCCAAACUCAACCUUGGUGUACUCAGUAAACACACCGCAACCCAAUUUCCUCCCUUCAUUUCUUGCGUUGGAAUGUUCUGAUCCCUCAUGUUGCAAUCUGAACUGGAGACUCAGUUUCCAAGCUGUAUCAAUAUACUCUUAAUGAAGCCAUGUGGUCGGUUCUUAUUUUAUGCUGUCUUCAACGCUGUUUUCAGUACCGAGAAAUCAAUUCUUGUCCCAAGUUCAAAAGUUCGUACCAAAAUCAUGGAAGCUACCCGCUUGCCAAGUUGAUACACAAACCGUGCCUAGUGUUGCAUCUAUGAUUGGCUCUCUUAAUGCAUCUCUCAGAGAGUUUGUCAGACAGAAUCAGUUAUCGAAUGCGUUCGGAGUAUUUUCUCAAAUCCAGAGUCAUGCAGCUUCUUCUGGUUCUUUCAACCUUGUAUUACAUCCCAUUAGCUCUCUUCUUUUAUCUUGCAUCAGCCUUAAAUCAUUGUCACAGGGCAAGCAGAUUCAUGCCCAGAUUAUUUCACUCGGUUUUGAUCAACACCCCAUUGUGGUUCCUAAGCUUAUUACUUUUUAUGCAAAUGUCAAUCUUCUCGCUGAUGCUCAAAUUGCCACCGAAAACACUGAUUGUUUGGACCCCUUACCCUGGAAUUUGCUCAUCUCGUCCUAUGUUAGAUGUGGCCUUUCAGAGGCUAUUUCUGUGUAUAAGAAAAUGAUGAAUAAGCAGGUUAAACCAGACAAUUUCACUUAUCCAUCUGUUCUCAAGGCUUGUGGGGAAUCAUCGGAUUGUGUUACUGGCAUCGAGAUUCACAAGUCUAUCGAAUCUAGCUCUCUGGAGUGGAGUUUGGUUGUCCACAAUGCAUUGGUCUCUAUGUAUGGUAGGUUUGGGAAAGUGGAGGCUGCCCGUGAUUUGUUUAAUCGUAUGCCCUACAGAGAUUCUGUUUCAUGGAACACUAUGAUAAGUAUUUAUGCCUCUAGGAAUAUGUGGGAAGAAGCCUUUCAGCUCUUUGAAAGCAUGUGCAAGGAGGGCAUUGAAGUGGGUAUAAUCACAUGGAACACCAUUGCGGGGGUGUGCUUGCGAACAACCAAUUUCAGGUGGUCACUUCUUUUGAUUUCUCAGAUGAGAAUAUCUAUUCAUCAUUUGGACUCUGUGGCGAUGGUCAUUGGAUUAAAUGCAUGCUCCCACAUUGGAGCCCUUAAAUUGGGAAAGGAGAUUCAUGGACAUGCAGUUCGAACUUGCUCUGAUGUGUAUGAUAACGUAAAAAAUGCAUUAAUUACUAUGUAUUCUAGGUGUAGAGACCUUUGGCAUGCACAUAUGGUCUUCCAUAAAAUAGAAGAAAAAGGUGUGAUUUGUUGGAAUGCCAUGCUUUCUGGAUAUGCUAAUGCGGAUCGAUAUGAAGAAGUGUCCUUCCUUUUCAGAGAGAUGUUCUGCGAGGGGGUUGGACCUAAUUAUGUGACCAUUGCAAGCAUUCUUCCUCUUUGUGCUCGCAUAGCAAAUCUACAGCAUGGGAAAGAAUUUCAUUGCUACAUCGUGAAACGUGAGGACUUUAAGGAUCUCUUGUUAUUGUGGAAUGCUCUUGUGGACAUGUAUGCGAGGUCUGGCAAAGUCUUAGAAGCUAGACGGCUGUUUGAUUCAUUGAAUGCAAGAGAUGAAGUCACAUAUACUUCUAUGAUCGCUGGAUAUGGCAUGAAGGGAGAUGGAGAAAUUGCUCUAAAACUAUUUGAAGAGAUGUGCAGGGUUGGGAUUAAACCUGAUAAGAUAACUAUGAUUGCUGUUUUAUCGGCUUGUAGUCACUCAGGCCUUCUAGGACAAGGAGAAUUGCUGUUUAAUAAGAUGACAGAUGUCUUUGGGGUAAGGCCUUGCUUGGAGCACUAUGCCUGCAUGGUUGAUCUAUUUGGGAGAGCUGGUCUUAUAAACAAAGCGAAGCAAGUUAUAACUGGGAUGCCUUGCAAGCCAACUGCUGCCAUGUGGGCAACUCUUUUAGGAGCCUGUAAAAAUCAUGGAAAUACAAAGGUGGGUGAAUGGGCUGCAGGGAAAUUGCUGGAGAUGAAGCCUGAUCAUUCAGGUUACUACGUGUUGAUAGCCAACAUGUAUGCUGCUGCUGGCUGUUGGGACAAACUAGCAUAUGUGAGGACUUGUAUGAGGGACUUAGGUGUGAGAAAGCCUCCUGGUUGUACUUGGGUUGCUGUUGGCAAUGAGUUUGCCCCCUUUUUGGUUGGGGAUACUUCCAACCCUCAAGCAUCUGAGAUUUACCCCUUGAUGAACGGAUUGAAUGAGCUAAUGAAAGAUGCUGGUUACGUGCCUAGUGAGGAUUUCGCUUCAUCUGAGGAAGAUUUUGAAGAAUUGAGUGCCCUUGGGGGUUCUUGCUGAUAAGACUAGCAACCUAUUAUGUAUAAAUUUACGACAGCUAUUCUUUCUUUACAAUCCUAUUUGUGAGGCUUGUGAAACAAAAUUUCCUAAAUUGGUUGCUGGAGCAGGAACUAUUAUUGAGGUUUCAUUCGCAUUAUUGGAGCUCAAAUGAUAAAUUCACCUUCUAAGGAUAUAGCAGGUUUGACUGUGUCUGUAAGCUUCCCCCAUGAUUAUCUCUGUAUGGUUUAGGUAUCAACUGCUUACACAAAAAAGUUUGUUCCUUAAAUUGAGUGCAUUUUGCGUAGUUUUCUUUAUCAGCAAGAGCUAUUCAUGUCUUGUGAGUCGUGAGCUGUAUGUAUGCUUUUCUGUUCCUCCCUGUAUCUAACUAUUUGCUAUGCCUAAUAAAAUCACAUGGUCACUCUACAAGGCAUAACUUGUGAGUGGAUAUAACCAUCCUAUUUGCGUUUCCCAUGAUCAAGUGUGGUCUUGUGCCUUGAUCAAUUCAAAUGUUGUACUGUUUAGUGUAUGUACAUAAAGACAAGGCACUCUAUAAAAAACUAUUCUUCAUGGUCA